CCCUCUGCUGACUGAGGCGUGUUCAAUGAUGAAUAUUUUACUGAGGAGCUGGUUUAUUGGUUCCAAAGUUCAAAGGAACACUUUCAGACUAGAGAGAAGCUCUUUAGAGAGCGGGAAGCGGCAAGGGCACACACAUUUAUUAAGGUGGUACUACUAACUUCAUCAUAAUUAAAUCUGCUGGACAGAGAUGCCAAUAGUGCUUUGACGGCAAAGGACAAGAGGAAGACAAACUUCAUGGAUUCAUCAAAGACAAGUGUCAAUGCUGCCACUAGUCCAAAGCAAAAGGGUGCCUUUGCUAAACGGGUUCAACGACAAUUCAGCAGAACCCAAGAGAAGGUCUUACAGAGGUUUGGCAAGAGUGAGGUGACCAAAGAUGAACAAUUUGAAUAUUACGUCCAAGAUCUAAACGAACAGCAGAGUGAUGGGAGUAGGAUAUACAAAGACCUUAAGGCGUAUCAUAAUGCUGUCAAAGUAAUGAGAGAGGCCUCCAAACGGCUCUCUCAUUCUCUCUAUGAUACUUAUGAAUCUGACUGGAAUGGACUUGAGGAUCUAGGGGCCAUUGUGGAGGGACAAGAUCUUUUAUGGAAUGACUAUGAGACAAAAGUCUUAGACCAAGCUGCGCGCACUAUGGAGUCUUACAUGACUCAGUUUCCAGAUGUCAAGGAGAGAGUGGCCAAACGCAACAGGAAGCUGGUAGACUACGAUUCUUCACGUCACCACCUGGAGGCGCUGGAGAGCGCCAAGAAGAGAGAUGACGUCAAGAUAGCUAAGGCGAAGGAAGAGUUGCAGACAGCCAAGAGUGUUUAUGAAGAUAUCAACAACGAACUUAAAGAGGAACUGCCUGUCCUUUUUGGGAGCCGUAUUGGAUGCUAUGUGUCGGUAUUUCAAGCCAUUUCCAACCUGAGUGAGGUCUUGUAUAAAGAACUGAACACGAUAAACCGUGAUUUUCAGGAUGUUCUCACUGGUCUGAAAGAUCAGCAUCCAGACAAAGUGUUUGUUAUCAACAACCUCCAACGCUCUGCCUCAAUGAAAAGGAGAUCACUGAUCUCACCAAGGGCAUGGAGGGCCAGCUUCUCAGAGUUCCAGUCUACCAUCAGUCCAAGAGGCUCCCUUCGAAGGAAGAAUCCAACCAGCCCUCUGAGGAGUGUGGCCAGACCCUCACUAGAGGGAUACAGCCCUGAGCCGGAGCUUCGGCCCACUCCAGCGGAGUCCAUCGUUGAAGUCCGAGAUGACGAGGUGAGCUCAACUCACUCCGAGCAGCCGCUGGCAGAGGCCUUAAACGGAGCAUCUGGCGCCAGGUGGAGUGAAAAGGUGGAAGAAGAGGAGAAGGAGGAGGAGGAGGAAGAGGAGGAGGAAGAUGAGGAAGAGGAGGAGGAGAAACCACAAGAGGAUGACAAACAAGGCAAGCAAGAGCUUACUGCGGAGUCUGCUGCUGCCGGAGCGGGCCCAAAGGCGGCCAACAGCAACUACCCUGAGGCAAAAGCAGCAGAGGAUCCACAGGUGAACAAGCCUGACAGCAGUGAGGCACCUGUCAGCAAUGUGGUGCUGGAGAAUGGAGAGGCAUCUGACAGACAAAAUGCUGGGGCCGAUGUCUCCUCCACACAUAGCAAAGGGGCAGCUGCCAAGGACUCUGGCCUUCACAGGGAGACAGUGAUGUGACACCCAAUACCGUAUAUAGAAAAGCAACAUUCCAUGGAGGGGUCAGAAGAUCGUAACAUAACCUUCCAUCAAGACAUGGGAUGGCUGGCAUGCAGCUCGCCCAGAUAAACACAGCCUUGUUUUUGUCUAACAAAAAUGAAAAGGGAACACAGCCACUGUUUUUAAAUUGAAUAUAGCUAUUGCCUGAUUCCCGAAUAAAUCUAUAUGUUGAAUAUAGAAUAGUCUAUAUGAGAAUAGGCUAUGUUAUUCAAUCUAUGUUAUGACUCAACAGGUCGGCAUAUAGAGGAAUCCACAAAUUAAAAAUGUUUUAGCCAAUGUGCAAUCACCGAAAGUCAUAAACUGUAACAUCUUCUUUUUAAGCCUUGUUUAGAAAAGUGCGACAUUCAGAAAAUCUCUGAGCAAUAAAACCAAGUUUUAUGUGUCUUUUUAGGGAGAAGGUUCUACAUUGCAAUUGUCCUGUAAUAAUAGGGCCUAAAUCAGAUGUAAUGUGUUCUUCAAUGGCUUAAACGUAAAUAAAUGAUCAAAAACA